AUGAGUCGCACGCACAUCUCGUCCGGCAUAAUGAGUCGCAUGCGAGUUUUCGAAAGCACCGAUUCAUCUGCUUCCAAUAGUGACAGUCCGAAAAAGCGUUCAACAACGGUAACAUCUGCCGCAUCGGCUACCCAUUCACCCAUAGUAUUGACAACAUCCAUCACCUCGGAAAAGGUUGUGCUACGGGAACCUGGAUCCACAUCGAACGCUGCUGGCCAAGAGUGGUUUGAACAGAAGCGCCAAGCGAUUAGCAGUGCACUCGAAGCGAGCGAACGCAGUACAACAACAAUAACAAUGAUGAUGUCGUCGCCACCGCCCGGAGUACAAAAAGACGCCGACGGUCUAAUACUACCCAGAAAGCUGAUAAAUCCCUGCCUAGAGUCCAACGAACGACAGCAGCUACAUCGUGAGCUGAAGUUCAAUAACAAAGUCGGCAAAAGUGUGCUGAAUCAAAAAUCGGAGCUGCAGCGCGCCUACGAGAAACAACGCGAACGGCAGCAACGCCAACAGCAGCAUCAGGAGGAUCUCUCACCCACCGCCGGCCUUAAAGCUGAAUUGAAUCGUGUGAUAAUGGAGCGUGCGCAGAAGCACGAGCGCCAAGAGGGCGGCGGCGAGGACGAGGAGGACAAGCAAUAUGUGAACCCAGAAUAUUUGAAUGCGCGAGCGAAACUGCGCCAGCAACGGGCGAGCGAGCUGAAAUAGAUGAGGCUGUCGAAGGGGGGGUGGGAAUGGAAACCAAAUAUAUGAAGAAAUAAAACACAGCACCCGCGCAUACAACAAAAAUAACAACAACAACCACAACAGAAGCAAAUAUUUUUUUUUUCAGCUCAAUUUCGAGCCAUACAAAUACUAAUUUAAAUAAAUUUUACUUCAAGAUGAUUUUUUUUUUUUUUAAUGAUUUUGGGACUAACUACUUUGAGGCGUGCAAAAUUGCUUAUUAAUUGAAUUUGGAAAUGUUAGAGGCGAUAGUAGAGCUAAAUUUUGUUAUACUAAAUUAAAUAUUUGAAUAUGUUUUCGAGUUAUCGCACAUCACUUUUUGAAACAGAACUUAUAGCUAAAAAAAAAAAAACGAAUUCGUCAAUUCCUGUUUUGUUCGGAUUUUCGAAUAAUUUAUUUUCGUGUAAUUACAUGUUUAUGCGUUAAAGAUAUGUAUUUUUAAAUUAGCUUAAUUUUGUUUGUAAUGUUGUCAACGGAAAUUAAUUCAAGUAAGUUCAAUUGGAAAGUUUGCAUUUGCACUUUGUUAGAAAAAUUUUGUUUGAUUGCAUACACUUUAUCUGAAAAAUAUUUUUAGGCGCUAAAUUUAUUAGAGAAGUUUACAUUUACAAAUUCAAUCGCCAAUUUUUUUUUUGCUUGUUUUUAUUUUCAAUAACAAAAGUCUAUAAGUUUAAGUAUUUUAUUCAAUUCUUCCAGCUAAUUCAAAAUGUAAUUUUAUUGUCUUAACGCAAAUAUUUUACUCGUAUGAAUCUCUUUGUUUGCCUACAUUUUCCACUACUUAUUCGUAAAUUCUCAAAACAACAAAAUGUGCUACUAAUCAUCUAUGUAUUUACAUAUUUAUAUUUAGAUGAAUGACGAAAUUUAAGAAGAAAAUGAUGUUAUUUUUAUACAUAAAAUCACACUUAAUCAUAAAUGUAUUUUGUAAUGAUAAUUAAUAUUUACUAAUUACUAAUUACUAAUUGAUAUUGUAUUGUAUAAUUAAACUCUAUUGUACUGUAUUGUAUUGUAUUGUAUUGUAUUGUAUUGUACUUCUAGUGAAACUCUGACGAAAAAUUCUUAAACAACAACAACACAGCACCAUGUAUGAAU